GGAUUAGUUAAGCCCGGGGAGUGGCUCUUUCCCUCCCCCGCAACGGCCGAACUUAAAACUUAUCGCUCGACGUCAAGGACCCUUUCUUCCUUCUCCCUCGUCACCCUCCGCUCUUGCCCCGGACUGGGGAGCAUUGACUGCUGAAAUAUGCCUCAUUCGGUCCUGCCGGUCGAUUGGAUGUAGGUCGUCUUUCUCUGCUCUCGAAUCCCCACGUCCUGCUCGAGUUCUGCGGUACCACGAGACCAUUCGUUUAUCCGGGUUUUAGGUAUCUACCACUAGAAAGGCCUCCAAGAUGCGUGCAUUACGUGCCAUUCAUAGAUUUUUUUACUUGACUUUGGCUUUGUCUGAGACCAAUGCGCUGGCGUUGCGGUCGCAGGACGUCCUUGCGCCAUUGUCUCCCAACGCGCAGGUUCCGCUAGAGGAUUCGACCGCACCAUCGGAGCAGUUACCCCUUCCUGCCCCGGAGGAGCCUGACGAACCCAUCGCUUCCAUUACCCGCAUCUAUCGGGAUUUGUUGGAUGCCCUCAAUGUGAUGCAGGAUGACUACUUCGAACUUUGGCAAGGCACCUGGCCAACUAGUAUCGAUUGGACUGCUGCCGUGCUUGGGACUCAAGUCUCCGCCACUCUCUCCUCGCUGACCUCCACUGCGGGUGAUAUCCUACCGGAUGCUGGAGGCGAUACCAAAAAGCCAGUGCUCGAAGAGUAUGCGUCGGGAUUCGAGAAUCUCAUCAACCAUUAUUUUGACCAAACCUCGGCAUUUUACUACGGUGAGGAUGCCUUUGCCGUCAGGAAUCAGGCAUUCGAUGAUAUGCUGUGGGUUGUGCUGGGCUGGCUGGAGAACAUCAAGUUCCAAGUGUUGCACACCGACCUGCAUUACGAUGAUCCCUCCUCGCCCAACGGCACAGCCAAGCUGCGCUGGCAUGGAACCCAGUUUCAAACCCCGGCGGCCCAUCGAGCACGUGUCUUCUACGGGCUGGCGUCCGGGGGCUGGGACGUGUCCCUCUGUGGUGGCGGCAUGAUCUGGAGCCCUUACCUGACACCCUACAAGAAUGCCAUCACCAAUGAGCUGUACAUAUCAGCUAGCAUCGGGAUGUAUCUUUACUUCCCCGGAGACGGAAUCGAUUCGCCCUUCUUGGAAUCUGCCGUGGACGACGAGAAUUGGUCCGACGGUUACCCUCACGAGCCGGCUCAUUUGCAGGCCGCCAUUGAGGGGUAUUCAUGGCUGAAUGCCUCGAACAUGACUGGUGCCGAUGGUCUCUAUGCAGACGGCUUCCACAUCAACGGGUGGAAGAGUGCCGAUGAUCCGGGCACCGGCAAGUGUGAUGUUCUGAACACUAUGGUAUACACAUACAAUCAGGGCGUGAUCCUUAGCGGGCUAAGAGGACUUUGGUUAGCUACUGCUGUGCAGCAGUAUCUAUCUGACGGACACCUUUUGGUCAGCAAUGUUAUGACGGCUACCGGGUGGCCUGACAAGGUCAGUCAGCAGUGGAAGGGACUUGGCCGUGGAGGUGUCUUGGAGGAUGCAUGUGACUCUGCCGGGAGCUGCUCCCAAAAUGGGCAGACCUUCAAGGGGAUCUUCUUCCAUCACCUCGCCGAGUUCUGCCGAGAUAUCCGGCCGCAGGAGUUGCGCUUCCUGGCCAGCGCAAACCGGACAGCUGACGGGGAAGACGGCUGGGAGUAUGUAUACGAGUGGCACCAGGCACGAUGCCGAACAUACCGCCCCUGGAUCGAGCACAACGCCAAUGCGGCUCUCUUAGCCAAGAAUGGCGAUGGCAAGAUCGGAAUGUGGUGGGGAAACACCUCCGCCACUGACGUGAGCCCUCUGCCGCAGGGGGCAAUCGACUAUCAGAACUAUGGCGCACGGGCUGAGGGCUCGGAGCCGUUGACGGGACUUCUCCGCAGUCGUGGCUCCAAAAGACCCAGCGACGAGAUGAAGGGACCAAGCUCACAGAGAGGGCCGCACCGCUGGGGAACUGCAUCCAAACGGUCGGGUUUCACUGAACUGGAUGAUGAGGCGGAAGACCCCAAUGAUCGCGGCCGCGGACGCACUGUCGAGACACAGUCAGGAGGUGUAGCGGUGCUGCGGGCCUUGUACCAGUGGAAGACGACAACGUCUCUUGCAUGACCGGGGUCAUUGGA